AUGUACUCUCUCGUUCAGCUCUUCGCCUUCGGCCUGGCCGCUUUGACGGCCGGAAGUGGUUUCCAGGUCUCAACCGCCGGAAAUGCUGGGCUCUCCCGUUACGUUGCUGGCCAAGCCUUAAUGGCUUUCGCUGUCCCUGCCCUGGCAGUGCCACUCGACAAUUCUGGACUGGCUGCCAGGAACGCCACACUUCCGGGAGACGAGGACUGCGAUGAUGGGGACGACGGGGACGAUAGCGACGAUGGUGAUGAUAGCGAUGAUGGAGACGACGAGGACGAUGGGGAUGACGAGGACGAUGGGGAUGACGAGGACGAUGGGGAUGACGAGGACGAUGGGGAUGACGAGGACGAUGGGGAUGACGAGGACGAUGGAGACGAUGAGGACGAUGGAGACGAUGAGGACGACGGGGAUGAUGAGGACGAUGGAGACGAUGAGAAGCCGUAG